AUAUUAUAUAGAUGCACAUACUUAUCCUCCAAGAACCAGGUUCAAGUAUAAGUACAUUAACACUCCUGCCAUCAAAUUAACCAAUAUCAUAUAUCCCUGCACCUGCUUCCGGCCAUGGCAUCGACGGAUAAGCCAGCUGACCCGGAAACCGGUAAGGAAGUUCUGCCAUCAAAGGCCUCAUGCGACGACACGCCUCCUCCUCCAAAAGCAGUUGACUUGUUUGCAGUUGAUGUGGCUCUUAGGUUCUUGGUGUUUGCAGCAUCACUAACAAGUGUAUUGGUCAUUGUAACUAGCAAGCAGACGGUAUUCCAAGGUCCUAUCCCAUUUGAAGCCAAGUUUGAGAACUCUCCUGCCUUCAUAUACUUUAUAGUGGCACUAUCAGUUGCAGGCCUCUAUAGUAUUCUUACUACACUAGCAUCCCUUUCAGUCAUCUGGAAGCCAAUAUUCUCAACCAAGUUAUUGCUCCACUUUGCAUUUUGGGAUGUGCUGAUACUGGGUCUAGUGGCCUCGGCCACUGGCACUGCCGGCGGUGUUGCAUAUAUCGGAUACAAGGGCAAUGAACAUGUGCAGUGGAACAAGGUUUGCUCUAUUUUUGACGAGUACUGCAAACAUAUAGCAGGCUCCCUCGCUUCAUCGUUGUUUGCUUCGGUUUUGCUAGUCCUUCUGGUGUGGUUGUCAACUUUCUCACUCCAUAAGAAAAUUCCCAAAUAAGAGUUAGGUGAAAUAUAUCGCUUCCAAUUGUGUGUUGAAUGUGACUUGUGAGAGUGUCUCAUACUAAAUCUUAGUGUUGGAUUGUGGAUGAUAUGGUCAAUAUUUCUUUUAUAUGUUUAUGUAAAUGAUGUUGUCUACUAGUCGGGUAUAUAGUCAUUGUAAAUUGCAUGUCUUGUAUUAUUUGUAAGACUUAAGAGGAGAAUUAGUGUGGGGAUUCCUGUAAUAUAUUCUAAACGUACGUUUGGGUUUUCCAAGUACAUAUGAUGGUUUUUGGUAUGGAACUUCAUGAAGUGCUGAGCUUCAGCUCCUUUUUAGUUCCAUGGCAUGCCAACAGUGAGACCGGAUGCACCUGCUAGAAUUCUGAUCAAUUUUCUGAAGGUUAAAAGCGACGAAAGAUAGCAGAUAGAAACUAAUCACAAUGACCAACUACUCUUUAACUUGUCGAUGAACCAUUGAAUUGAUGACCGUUCAAGCUUACUAAAGCUAUAGUCCUAACAUCGAUCCCUCUCAGUCUGAUGGUUGGGGACCAAAUCAUCAGGUUGCAGCAAGAAAGUAGCUACUAGCUAACAACUUAUUCUGCAAACAGAACACAAGAUCACUUUCAACUUGGCCGCGGAGACUAGUGGAAUACUGGAAUUGACUGCCAAUCUGCCAUGGUUCCCAUAGCUUGUUGACAUGCAAUGCGGGUGCAAAAACCCUAGAAGCAGGGGCCGAAGUCAAGAGAGCAGAAAAAGGGAACUGGAGCUGUUACUUCGUGUUAUAGUUGCCUAUUCGAGACUGGCACUAUAACAGUAUAACUUGCCUUGGAGCUGAAUAUCUCAUAUCUGUGAAUAUGUGUGAGGAUGAAAAUCCAAUGCCGGCGCAUUCUCUGCUUGCGCUUGGCUCAGCUUCAACUUCAUCUCCGUCCUUGGUGCCGGCUUCGCCGGACUCUCUGAUGCUGCUCCAAUUGUUCAAACAAGAUUAGCAUCUACGUAGCACGUAAUAGACGGGUACGGCCAGUACUAUGUGGCCGGUUACGCGUUUGCGUUAUUUUGUAAUCAAAAUGGAUAGGUGUGUAAACGUCAUGUUUACACACCUGUCUAUUUCCAUGUCGCCUGGCCUUCGCCUAGCGCAGUAGCACGUCACCCAGCGGCGCCUAGAUUUUCAAGUUCAAAUCUCCU